AUGAUCGCCGCCUUCCUGCCCCUCGCCGCCAUCGCCCUGCUGGGCGCCCUGCUCCGCCAUUUCAUCCCCGGCAUGGAGCAGACCCGCCAGUCGAUGAACAGGCUGGUGCUGUACGUUUUCCUGCCGGCGCUGGUCUUCCGGACGGUGAUGGACGGCACGAUUACCCGGCUGUUCCUUGAAAUCCCCGCGCUGGCCGCGACCGGCACGCUCGUGUCGCUGGCCGCGGGCUUCCUGAUCUUCCACUUCCUGCCGAUCCCGGGACCGACCAAGGGCGCGAUGAUGCUCGGCGCCGCCUUCGGCAACGUCACCUAUCUCGGCCUGCCGGUGCUGCUCGGCAUCUUUCCCGGCCAGGCCGACCAGGUGUCCGAGGUUUCGGUCCUGUUCGAGGUCACCAAGUCGUCGCUCAACCUCACGCUGGGCGCGAUGAUCGCGAUCGCCUAUGGCAGCCAGGAACCGAUCACCUUCCGCCGCACCGCAUACGAGGCCCUGAAGCUGCCGCCGCUCUGGGCGCUGGUCGUCGCGAUCGUCUGGAAGCUGUCGGGCAUUCCCUGCCCUUCGCUCAUCAUGGACACAGCCUCGAUCCUCUCCGUCGCGGUGAGCGGGAUCAUGAUGCUGUCGCUCGGCAUGGCGCUGCGCUUCUCGGCCACGCCGCUCAUGGCGCUGGCGAUCCCCGUCUCGGCGAUCAAGCUCGCCCUCUCGCCGUUCGUGGUCUUCCUCGCCGUCGCGCCAUUCGGCCUCACCGGCGUCUACAGCAACGCCGCGAUCCUCGAAGCCGCAAUGCCGAGCCAGCUCCUGUCCUUCAUCAUCGCCGGCAAGUUCAAGCUCGACGAGGAGACGCUGGCCUUCGUCAUCAUGGUCGACACGAUCCUGGCCUUCGUGACCCUGCCUCUGGUGCGAACGCUGCUCCUCGCGAGCUGA